AUGAAGGCCUCAAUCAUCCUCACCACCAUUCUCACGACCUCCGCCUGGGCCGGCACCCUCCCUACUAAGCGCCAAAACGCCGCCAACGAGGCCGCCCUCCAACAAGCCCGCGAAGACUCUGUCAAAGCCAUUGAGGGCGGACAAGGCCGUGGACGACUUCUUCUCGACGAGGGAAACUGCAGCGAGGCCUGUAACCGCUGUCGUGCUAGCGCCGUCGCUACUGCUGUCGCUGAGGUCUUUGCCUGCGGUACGGCUGCUGUCGCCAUUGAUGUUCUGACGGCUGGCAUCGCGACAUUCCUUGAGGCUGCUGGCUUUGUGGCUUGUGAGGCUGCGGUUGUCAGUACUUUGAAUGAGAAGGAGGAGACUUGUCUGAAGGAGUAG